GUGAGGGAUGUGGUGAUGACUGAAGUUGGGGAUGUUGCUUCUUUUGUUCACGUGUGAGUCCCUUUCUGUUCGUUUCAUGCUUUGCUUUUUGCUUGAUGUGUCGGGGCUCAGGUGAUAUGAGUAGUGAUAUCCCGGAUGGGCAUGGACAAGAAUCGACGGCGACAGCGACGGACAAGAUACUGGAGCUAGUAAGUUUGAGCAACUCCCGCGUUGCUCUUUAGAAUGCUCAAUAUUGUUGACUGUUGCUUGUACGCGAAGAUAGACGGAUCAUAACGAACAAGAAUGACAAUCCGCCGGAAACUGGAAAUGAUGAAUGCAUCGAGGGUUGGGAUCUCUUUGUUUGCUGCAUUUAUGCAUGUAUGAGUUUCGCUAUCACGCAUCGCUCGGGCAUUUGAUUCACCGCUAGAUGGUUUUUGUUAGAGGUUUGAGGCAUGUAUACGUUUUCUUCUUUCUUCAUUCCUUCUCUGAUUUCCUUCAUCGUAUACAGAGUCUACUCUAUACACACUAUGUUUCUUUUAUAUAGAUUUUUAUAUUCACUAUUUCCUCGAUAUAAUUCUGGGUCUGUCAUGAUGGUAGAGCUGGAUCUUAGUCCCUUACCAUAGAAUGUGAUUCACAUACAGCUCGAACAAGCCGGUUUAUUUGCGCAUAACAAU